AUGGCAGAAAAUGAAAGUUCACUAUUAUCUUUAAGCAGCACUCAGGCAAUGAGCUGGAACUACUACAACUGGUGUGCAGGUUACCCCACGGGACCCGUUAUCUGGUCAGCAGGAGCUGUGAUCUGUUUUGUCUUGGGAUUACCAGCCAGCCUGUGGGUCCUACACGAGCUCAUCCAGAAGCAAAGACAACGAUCUACCAGUGACAUCUUUACGCUCAGCCUGACUGUUAUCGAUCUAACUUUCACAGCUCAUCUCCUACUAAGUGUAUGUAAUUUUAUGAUAUGGCAUAAUAGAAUAUUAGAAAUUGUUUUAGACUUUAUAUAUUGCUUAAGCUUUAUUGGUAGACCUUUGUUUAUGGCUUGCAUUUGUUGGGACUGUUAUGUCGCUGUGGUUUACCCCAUUGUCUACAAAACCAGCAAGAAACUCAUUGUAGUUAAGAAGGCAAUCACAAUAAUACUCUGUUUGUCGUUAGUGGUUGCAGGAUUUGCUUCAUCUACUAUACAGUGGAUAACUACGACUCCUUUCUUUGCCAUUCCUUUAAUCGUUGCAAUGCCAGUUAUCCUCUUUUGUGAUAUUUCCAUACUCCGAGCUCUGAGAAAACCAGACCUUACAGGAAAAAGCAAAAUUCAUCCACAAAAGAAACAAGCUCUUCACACCAUCUCUAACAGCUUAAUCAUGACGUUUAUUGUCUACAUACCACCAGUCAUCAUGUUUUCAUUUGGGAGUCUGAUUUCACUCACAGAAGAAGUGCGCUAUUGCUGUUUAAAUAUGGCUGGGUUUUGCUUCAGUAUGGCUGGAUCUGUCAUUAUGCCACUUCUGUAUCUGGACUCUGUGAGAAAGUUGAAGACUUUUAAGGACUGGUGUAAAAAAUAA